CGCUGCCCGGUGCCGGGUGUGCUGGCAUCUGGCUGAACCCCCGAGCCCUGGGAACGCCGGGGCUCAGGCUGGGCUCUGGUUUAGCAAAAGCUCAAUCACGUGCGAGAACGACAGCGAAACCAAAGGGGAAGCAUUGGGACCUUUUCACUGUUUCUUCACCACACAAAUACUACGCAGUGUGCUUUUUUCCCCUCUUUUUUUUCUCCACUUAAGUUGUUUUUUUUCCCCUCUGAUGGACCUUUUCGUUUACAAAACGGUGGUCAGCGCUCCGGCCACGCCAGGUCCUGGCAGCGGUGACACGGGCUGGACAUCACCUCCUGUCACCUCCCCUGGCAGCCACAGAAGCCCAGCGGAGCCUCAGACCGUUGCAGUGAGGAGGACCUCUGCAAGUUUUUCUCAAUGACUCUAUAGCCAACUGAUGUAACAAUGGUACUAAUAUUGGGACGCAGACUGAAUAGAGAGGAGAGCGGGAUACGAGAUUCCCCUGCAACCAAGCGGAAAGUUUUUGAAAUGGACCCAAAAUCCUUGUCAGGCCCGGAGUUUUUUGACUUCUCCUCGGGAUCAUCCCACGCAGAAAGCAUUCUCCAGAUCUUCAAUGAGUUCCGAGACAGCCGGCUCUUCACGGAUGUCAUCAUCUGCGUGGAGGGCCGCGAGUUCCCGUGCCACCGCGCCGUGCUCUCGGCCUGCAGCAGCUACUUCAGAGCCAUGUUCUGCAACGACCACAGGGAGAGCAGGGAGAUGCUGGUGGAGAUCAACGGCAUCUUUGCCGAAGCCAUGGAUUGCUUUCUGCAGUACGUGUACACGGGCAAGGUGAAAAUCACCACGGAGAACGUGCAGUACCUCUUUGAAACGUCCAGCCUGUUCCAGAUCAGCGUUCUGCGCGACGCCUGCGCCAAGUUCCUGGAGGAGCAGCUGGACCCCUGCAAUUGCCUGGGCAUCCAGCGCUUCGCCGACACGCACUCGCUCAAGACGCUCUUCACCAAGUGCAGGAACUUCGCGCUGCAGACCUUUGAGGACGUGUCCCAGCACGAAGAGUUCCUGGAGCUGGGCAAGGACGAGCUCAUCGAUUACAUCUGCAGCGACGAGCUGGUGAUCAGUAAGGAGGAGAUGGUGUUCGAGGCCGUGAUGCGCUGGGUGUACCGCGCCGUCGAGCUGCGCCGGCCCGUGCUCCACGAGCUCCUGACGCACGUCAGGCUCCCCCUCCUGCACCCCAACUACUUUGUUCAGACUGUGGAAGUGGACCAGCUGAUUCAGAAUUCCCCAGAGUGCUAUCAGCUGCUGCACGAAGCCAGGCGAUACCACAUCCUUGGAAACGAGAUGAUGUCUCCCAGAACUAGGCCACGCAGAUCAACUGGUUAUUCUGAGGUGAUAGUUGUUGUUGGAGGCUGUGAACGAGUUGGAGGGUUUAAUUUGCCAUACACGGAGUGCUAUGAUCCUGUGACAGGAGAGUGGAAGUCACUGGCUAAACUUCCAGAGUUUACCAAGUCUGAGUAUGCAGUGUGUGCUCUGCGGAAUGAUAUUCUUGUUUCAGGUGGAAGAAUCAAUAGCCGGGAUGUCUGGAUUUAUAACUCUCAACUUAAUAUUUGGAUCAGAGUUGCCUCUUUAAAUAAAGGCAGAUGGAGACAUAAAAUGGCUGUUCUUCUGGGUAAAGUGUACGUGGUGGGAGGAUACGACGGGCAGAACCGGCUGAGCAGCGUGGAGUGCUACGACUCCUUCUCCAACCGCUGGACCGAGGUGGCGCCCCUGAAGGAGGCUGUGAGCUCCCCGGCUGUCACCAGCUGUGUGGGCAAGCUCUUCGUCAUUGGGGGUGGCCCUGAUGACAACACCUGUUCUGACAAGGUGCAGUCGUACGAUCCCGACACUAACUCCUGGUUGCUCCGUGCCACCAUCCCCAUUGCCAAGAGGUGCAUCACGGCCGUGUCCCUGAACAACCUGAUCUACGUUGCUGGCGGGCUCACCAAAGCCAUUUACUGCUAUGACCCCAUUGAGGACUACUGGAUGCAUGUACAGAAUACGUUCAGCAGACAGGAGAAUUGUGGCAUGUCUGUGUGUAAUGGGAAAAUCUAUAUCCUUGGUGGAAGACGGGAGAACGGUGAAGCCACAGACACUAUUCUUUGUUAUGACCCUGCAACGGGCAUUAUCACAGGAGUGGCAGCCAUGCCCAGGCCAGUAUCGUAUCAUGGCUGUGUGACCAUUCAUAGAUAUAAUGAAAAAGGCUUUAAACUGUAAUUUAUUUUUUUCUUGAAAAAAGAAGAAGAAUGAAUCCAGUGGUAUGCUGCAAAACAGGCUUUUUAAAGAUUCCUGAAGUGGGAAUUCCCUGCCUAAGUGUCGUAUGAAAAUUAUAUCCUGUGCCUUUAGAAAAAGGGUUAAUUUAACUUACCAAACAAGUCUACAAAGCUAUCCAGUGACCAGAGUUCAGUUAUAUCUGCUGUGGGCUCUGAUAUGGGAGCAGGACGUUGCACAGGCAUCAGAAAGUUUGCCCUGUGUGUGAUUAGUAAUUAAAAUUUUGAAAGCUUUUUGGGGAAAGUGCCUUCAGCAUUUGUGCCUGUGUCUUUAAAAGCAGUAUCUUCAAGGUGUUUCUGGUUCUGCUAAUGGGAAAAAUGCAUAGGCAAAUAAAUCCCAAAGAAUCAUCUAGGAUAAUUUUCUGUAAUUUAUAAAGCUCAAUUAAAAUCCAUAUGCAUCAUUCUUACAAGCAGAUGAACCAAGUAGAAUUUUUUGUCAGAUCAUGCAUGGGUUGGAAUGUAAAAAAAAAAGCCCACAAAAACACCAAACCAAACCACCUGCAAAACAAGCUACAUUGGACAAAACAAGAAUCUUUGAGGAAUGCUCUAUUCUGAAGGAGAAACUGGUUGGUUGG